AUGGGUCUUAUUUCAGAUACGAAACAAGCAAUCCAAGAUUCUCCAAAGGGAAUCUUCAAUUGGUAUGUGCUUGCAUGUACGUGCAUUUUCGCUUUCCCGGGAGUUGCGAAGGGCUUCGAUGAAGGAAACAUCGCCUCGAUCGUUGUCCAGUCGCACUUCAUGAAAGUCUUCGAACUCAAUCAGCAAUCCGAAGCAGAAUAUGCGAACACAAAGGGAUGGAUCGUUUCAAUUGCCACGGCAGGGGCAGUUUUUGGAUGCUUUGGAUGUCUUCCAAUUACUGAUCGGUUCGGACGACGAUGGGCUUUAUCCUUGGCAACGAUUAUCUAUAUCGCAGGAGUGCUAGGUCAGGGGCUCAAUGGAGGCAGUCUCUCAGGGCUCUAUGCUUCGAGAUUUGUUUCCGGUAUUGGAAUCGGUGCAACUACUGUCAUUCCUCCGAUGUACAUUGCAGAGAUUGCACCAAAGGCUAUCAGGGGUCUUUUGACUCUCCAAUAUGCAGCCUGUCAACAGUUAGGUGUUGUGUUCGGCUUCUUUAUCAAUUAUGGCGUCACGAAAACCUACUCCGGAUCAGACAAACAGUGGAUGCUACCUACUCUAUUGCAAUUACUCCCGGCGGUGAUUUGGGGUGCCGGUAUCUUCCUUUGUCCAGAAUCACCGCGCUGGCUUUUGUAUACCGGUCAGCGUGAUCAGGCGAUAGAUACGCUCUCAAAGCUACGCCAUCUCCCUGUCGACCAUGCAGCUCUACAGGCCGAGAUAUCUAUGAUGGAUGCCAGGAUACUUCACGAAACAGAGUCGGUCGGCAGUUCAAGUCAGUGGGAUCUCCUCAAAGAAACACUUAUCCCGGUCGAGAAUAGACGUCGCUUUUGUCUGAUAUUCAUGGCCACGCUAUUCUCACAAUGGUCUGGAGCCAACGCGAUCACGCAGUAUUCGCCAACUAUCUUUGGUUAUCUUGGCAUCGAUGGGGAUGAGUCAAAGUUUCUCGCCACAGGAAUUUAUGCGGUAGUAAAGUUCGUCAGCACGCUUGCUUUUGCUUUAUUCGUUGUAGACUUCAUCGGCCGGCGUCGAUCUUUGCUCACUGGCAUCAUCUUGCAAAUCGUUACCUUGGCAUAUGUGGGUGGUUACCUAGGAGCUACGAAGAGCUUCAGUGUGGACCGUAUCAGCAGCGAUCCAAACAUUUCCAGGGCAUCAACGGGCGCUAUCGUGGCUAUCUAUUUACAUGCCGUGGCGUGGAGUAUUGGCUGGUUCAGCAUUCCCUACUUGAUUGGGUCGGAGAUCUUCCCGACAAGAAUAAGGUCGUUCAAUAUGUCCAUCGCUAUGGGCUUCCAUUGGGCUUUCUAUUUCGGCUGUUCUCGGGCUAUGCCCAGCCUCCUUGCCGCAAGCCAGAAAUGGGGUGCUUUUGCGUUUUUCGUUUGUAUAUGCCUGAUGUCGCUGGUCUAUGUCUACUUCGCCAUGCCGGACACCACCGGACGAUCGUUGGACGCCCUGGACAGCCUAUUCCAGAGGCCAUGGUAUACUGUCCACAAAGUCGCGUACGCCAAGCAAGACGAAAUCCAGAUUGAGCAAGUGGGCAAGCUGCAGGUUGAGCACCUGGAGUCGGCUUGA